UGCCAGCAGGCAGCACUGGCCCAGUACAGCCUGGGACAGCAGUGAGUGCGCACGCAGGGGGGAGGAUGGGCUGGACAAGGGCCGGGGCAGAAACCUGGGCCCCCGGGGGUGGGUGCUCACCCUGCAUCGAGGCCCUGGCUGCGAGCGCCUUGGGCAGGGCACGCUGCUGCUGGCACCGGGCCUGGGUGCAGCCCUUGCUGCCUCCCAGCUGCCUCGUUCCCUCUCCUGCCUGUCCCCAGCUCCCUGCGGCUCCUGCAUCCACUCCCCCCGCCACCAGCUCCCUUCCUCCUUCCCUCCCUCCCAGCACCACUGAAUUCUUUCUCUCUUCUGCAGGCCAUGGCUGUCACAAACCUCUCACUCUGGAUUCUGCAACAGCUCAUCCUGAAUGUGCAGGUCGUCGGUGAUGAGAUGGAUGAAGCCACACGUGACCGCAUGGAGCACCGUAACAAGCAGCUGAUCUGGGAGAUGACUCGGCUGCUCCAGGAGCUGGAGCAGAAGAGCCAGGAGCAGAGGAGCAAGGAGCAAACUCCCGUGGCCUGGAGAGGCCUGUUCUUUGCUGACUUGCAGCACUGGCAAUUCUGGGCGAUUGCUGGCAUGCUGCUCCUCCUGAUUCUUUGGCUCUGCUGGUGCCUCAGGAGAAGGAGCCAUGAGGAGGGCAGCAGCAGUGAAGAGGACAGCUCCAGCAGCAGCAGUAGAGAAGAGGAAGAGUGGAAGGAGCAGAACGAAGAGGGAGAAGUCAGUGAAUACGCAAAGGACCUGACAAGGCAUUUUGAGGAGCACAUACAAUGGCCUAAUCAGAACGUGCUCACAAAGUGUGAAUCUGUGAGGAGCCUUGUGAAUGCUUUUAUCCUUGUUGCCAGACAAGUCUUGUCAGGUAGCUCCUUCCCAGUGCUGGAACCAUGCUUUGGCAUAGGCAGCGCACAUGAAGGCUGGAGUCCCUAUGAAGAAAACAUCGUCUAUCAAGUGCUUGUGCCCCUGGGCCCCCCGUCUGGCCACGCCUUUCUCCCGGAGCUCUGCAGUCCGGGGGAGGUGCCAGAGAGGAACUUCCGCAUCCGCGUGGAGCUGCAGUGUACAUGCCUGGCAGAGCAGCUGGUGGGGGACAUGCUGUGCUUCCUCCACCACGACAAAGAGAAGCUGAGAAGGCAUCAGGGCCCCAGCCUCCUACAGGCCCUCUGCACCGGCUCCUACCUAGAUGUGGAGAAAACAGCUUGCAGGCUUCAUGAGCUGGUGAAAACAUGCUGCGUGCUUAUGUCUCAUUCACACCAGUGCCAUUUAACUAUGCUGCCCUGCAGCCGCUCCUGCAAAUUCAAGAUGGCAAGAGCAGAGAAGGAAGCCAUCAUUGAAAUUAUGUUGGGCGUGCAGCAAGGCGACUCGGACAUCUUCCUGAGCAGCCAGGCUAGUGAGGCUGUCUUCACCCCAAGCACAACCUGGACAUUGAGCUGUGCUGUGGCAGAGGCAAAGUUCUUUGAGCUGAUGACUAGGCAGGCCCCAGACGGCAGCUUCCACCUCAGAUGCCUGCAGCUCUGCGCCCGCACUCUGGUGGGCACAGGCUUUUCCAGCUACACCUUGAAGACAGUGGUGAUGCACCUCCUGAACACCACACCCCUGUCAGGCUGGCACAAGACACGUUUCCUGCUAAGGCUGGAUGACAUCAUGCGGUACCUGUGCCACUGCUUGGAGGAGAAACGCCUCGACCACUUCUUCUUUGGGAAUGAGAAGAUUCCUGAGGAGAUCAUCUUGCCCCCAGCCUUGCAAAGAGCCGAGCCAUUCAACCUCUUCCAGCAUCUGGCACAGGAUCCGGAUGCCCAAGCUGAGGCAGUGAGGCAGUUCAUGGACAUGCAAGAUCGCCUCACAAGAAUGCUGACCUACGGCCACUGA